UAAUGAUUAAUCGUUGUUGUUUGUAGAGCUGCCACUGCGGCUCUGGUGGAGAAGCAGAGCAGCGAAAUGUUGGAGCUGAUCAACGAGAAGCGCAGCGAGUACAUGAUGGCCGAAUCGCUUUAUCUGGACGACUCGACGAUACCGGACGAGACGGCCGAGGCGCUCAACGACAACGUGCAACCGUACCCCGGCAAGGCGCCGCUACCCCCGUCGCCACACGGCGUGGCCCAAGCAAAGUUCCAGCUGUACUCGGACCCGUUGGAGUUUGCACACAUCGACCAGAUCGCCAUAUCGGUAGCGCAAGAAGACCAAAAAACCUUUACAGAUUUAGUAAGGAUGUUGGUGGGAAAAUGCGGUUCAGACAUAGAAAAAGCCAGGACGAUUUUCCGAUGGAUUACUGUCAAAAACUUGAAUACAAUGAAUUUCGAUGAUAAUCUGAGGGGUGACACGCCAAUGGGCCUGCUCAGAGGUAUCAAACACGGAACGGAAAGUUACCACGUACUGUUCAAACGACUAUGCAGCUAUGCUGGGUUACACUGCGUCGUCAUCAAAGGCUACUCGAAGUCGGCCGGUUACCAACCAGGUGUUCAUUUCGAAGACAGUCGAUUCCGAAACUCGUGGAACGCCGUCUACGUAGCCGGCGCUUGGCGGUUCGUGCAAUGCAAUUGGGGCGCACGGCAUCUAGUCAACGCCAAAGAAGUGCCCAAAGUAGGAGCCAAAGGGAAAUCCGACAGUUUAAGGUAUGAAUAUGACGACCAUUACUUUCUAACGGACCCACGAGAGUUUAUCUACGAGUUUUUUCCACUGCAACCCGAAUGGCAGUUACUCAAAAACCCUAUCACUCAACGAGAUUUUGAAGAUUUACCAUUCGUCAGGUCUCUGUUCUUUAGAUACGGCCUCUACUUCCCAGAUUCCAACACAAAAGCUGUCAUGUAUACGGACGCAACAGGAGCCGCUACAGUGAGAAUAGCGAUACCGACCAACAUGCAAUCCAACCUGAUAUUUCACUACAAUUUGAAAUUCUACGAGAGCGAAGGGGACACGUACGACGGAGUGAGCUUGAAGCGUUUUGUCAUGCAGUCUGUACUGGGAAAUAUCGUGUCGUUCCGCGUGCACGCGCCCAACAGCGGAGCAUUCCUGUUGGACAUAUUCGCCAAUUCGGUGACGCCUAAAGAGUAUCUGACCGGUGAGCCGAUGAAGUUUAAGAGCGUAUGCAAGUUCAAAAUCAUUUGUGAAGAAUUGCAAACCGUCAUGGUGCCGUUGCCGGACUGUGCCAGCGGCGAGUGGGGUCCUACAAAGGCCACGCGGCUCUUUGGCCUCAUACCCAUAUCACAUCAGGACCCACUGGUGUUCGCCGGCCGGGAGUUGGAAAUCCAGUUCCGGAUGUCGAAGCCGCUGACGGAUUUCAUGGCCACGUUGCACAAGAACGGCGUGGAGGAGAAAAGGCUGUCCAAGUACAUAUCGCACACGAUCGUGGACGAUUUCAUCACGUUCCUGAUCGGGUUCCCGGAAGAGGGACAGUACGGUCUGGACGUGUACACGCGAGAGAUAUCGUCGCACAAGUCGGACGAGAACGGCCACCACAACCAUCACCAGCACCAGCACCGGCUCGCCAACGGCAACGGCAUCCACGGCGAAAAACACCUGCUCACCCACUGUUGCAAAUACUUGAUAAACAGUUCGAAACGAAAUUAAUAUUACAUAUUAUUAUUGAUAACACAUUUUGUAAUAUAAUAAUAUAUAUAUAUAUAUAUCGUCGUUUCUAUAUAGAUACGUAUAAGCAUAUAAUAGUAUAGGUACGAAUAAUUCCAGUAUACCUGCAAUAUUAUUUGUUGUAGGUUCGUUUGUAAUAUGUGUAUA